CUGAGCUCGCGGCCUCCGGCUGAAUAUAAAGUCACUCCCCGUCAGCACGCGCUCUUCUUCACUGCCUGUCCCGUUCCAGCGGAAGGCAGUGCGCUGUCUGUUUUAACAUCUGUGCUGAGUGAAUCCCGAAACAUCCAUCAAAAUGGUGAACUUCACGGUAGACCAGAUCCGUGCCAUCAUGGACAAAAAGUCCAACAUCCGUAACAUGUCCGUGAUUGCGCACGUGGAUCAUGGGAAAUCCACAUUGACCGACUCUUUGGUGUCCAAGGCUGGAAUCAUCGCUUCCGCCCGCGCCGGAGAGACACGCUUCACUGACACACGCAAAGACGAGCAGGAGCGUUGCAUUACCAUCAAAUCCACCGCCAUCUCCAUGUACUAUGAGCUGUCUGAAAAUGACCUGGCCUUCAUUAAGCAGUGUAAGGAUGGAUCUGGUUUCCUCAUUAACCUGAUCGACUCUCCCGGGCACGUGGACUUCUCCUCUGAGGUCACAGCAGCUCUGCGUGUUACUGAUGGAGCUCUGGUUGUGGUGGAUUGUGUCUCUGGUGUGUGUGUGCAGACAGAGACUGUGCUGAGACAGGCCAUCGCCGAGCGUAUUAAGCCGGUGCUGAUGAUGAAUAAGAUGGACCGUGCCCUGUUGGAACUCCAGCUGGAACCUGAAGAGCUCUUCCAAACGUUCCAGCGCAUCGUGGAGAACGUGAACGUGAUCAUCUCCACCUAUGGAGAGGAUGAGGGUGGACCCAUGGGUAACAUCAUGAUUGACCCAGUGAUCGGUACUGUUGGUUUUGGUUCUGGCCUGCACGGCUGGGCCUUCACUCUCAAGCAGUUUGCUGAGAUGUACGUGGCCAAGUUUGCUGCUAAAGGUGAAGCUCAGCUGAACCCAAACGAACGCUGUAAGAAAGUGGAGGACAUGAUGAAGAAACUCUGGGGUGACCGGUUCUUUGACCCAGCCACUGGUAAAUUCAGCAAGUCUGCCAACAGCCCUGAUGGAAAGAAACUGCCCCGUACCUUUGCUCAACUCAUCCUAGACCCCAUCUUCAAGGUGUUUGAUGCCAUCAUGAACUUCAAGAAGGAGGAAACUGCUAAACUGAUUGAGAAGUUGGACAUCAAGCUGGACACUGAGGACAAGGAUAAGGAAGGCAAGCCUCUGCUGAAGGCCGUGAUGCGUCGCUGGCUGCCCGCUGGAGAAGCUCUGCUUCAAAUGAUCACAAUCCACCUGCCCUCUCCCGUCACAGCCCAAAAGUACCGCUGUGAGCUGCUCUAUGAGGGACCUGGCGAUGAUGAGGCUGCCAUGGGCAUUAAGAACUGUGACCCGAAGGCACCCCUCAUGAUGUACAUCUCAAAAAUGGUGCCCACCACAGAUAAGGGCCGUUUCUACGCUUUCGGCCGUGUGUUCUCUGGUAUCGUGUCCACUGGCCUUAAGGUGCGAAUCAUGGGACCAAACUUCACCCCCGGCAAGAAGGAGGAUCUCUACCUCAAACCCAUCCAGAGGACCAUUUUGAUGAUGGGUCGUUACGUCGAGCCCAUCGAAGACGUGCCAUGCGGUAACAUUGUGGGUCUGGUCGGCGUGGACCAGUUUUUGGUGAAGACUGGGACCAUCACAACCUUCGAGCAGGCCCACAACAUGCGUGUGAUGAAGUUCAGCGUGAGUCCUGUGGUGAGAGUGGCUGUGGAGGCCAAAAACCCCGCUGACCUGCCCAAACUGGUGGAGGGACUCAAACGUCUGGCCAAGUCUGAUCCCAUGGUGCAGUGCAUCAUCGAGGAGUCAGGAGAGCACAUCAUCGCUGGAGCUGGAGAACUUCACCUGGAAAUCUGCCUUAAAGAUCUAGAAGAGGACCAUGCCUGCAUUCCACUCAAGAAAUCAGACCCUGUUGUGUCGUACAGGGAGACGGUGAGCGCAGAAUCAGACCAGAUGUGUUUGUCCAAGUCUCCUAACAAGCACAACCGCCUUUACAUGAAGGCCAGACCAUUCCCUGACGGCCUCGCCGAAGACAUCGACAAGGGUGAUGUGGCCGCUCGUCAGGAGCUCAAGACCCGCGCCCGUUACCUGGCCGACAAAUACGAGUGGGAGGUGACCGAAGCCCGUAAGAUCUGGUGCUUCGGACCUGACGGAACCGGACCCAACGUCCUGGUGGACGUGACCAAGGGAGUGCAGUACCUGAACGAGAUCAAGGACAGUGUCGUGGCUGGAUUCCAGUGGGCUACUAAAGAGGGUGUGCUGUGUGAGGAGAACAUGCGUGCCGUCCGUUUUGACAUCCAUGACGUGACACUCCACACAGACGCCAUCCAUCGUGGUGGCGGUCAGAUCAUUCCCACAGCUCGUAGAGUUCUGUACGCCUGUCAGCUCACCGCCGAGCCCAGGCUCAUGGAGCCCGUUUACCUGGUGGAGAUUCAGUGCCCAGAGCAAGUGGUUGGUGGCAUCUACGGCGUCUUGAACAGAAAACGAGGCCACGUUUUCGAAGAGUCUCAGGUCAUGGGCACACCCAUGUUUGUCGUCAAGGCCUUCCUGCCUGUCAACGAGUCUUUUGGUUUCACAGCUGAUCUGCGCUCUAACACCGGUGGUCAGGCAUUCCCUCAGUGUGUGUUUGACCAUUGGCAGAUCCUGCAGGGAGACCCCAAAGACGCCGCCUCCAAACCAUGCCAGAUCGUCGCCGAGACACGUAAACGCAAGGGCCUGAAAGAGGGCAUCCCAGCACUUGACAACUUCCUCGACAAGUUAUAAUCGGCAGAGCGACACUUCUCCCCCUAAAGCAUCCCUUCCCAAUCUCUUACUCUCAUUCCUGUUUGUCAUUCCUGUCCCUCCUGCACUCGUUUAUUUCCUCCCACAGAGUAAAAUAGAGGGACUGGACUGUACAAGCCACAAACUACAGCACCAUGACACAUCGGAAAAUUAAGUGGAUUAUGUAAAUCUAAAUAAAGAAGAUAAUCGAAAAUAAGUGUGUUGCUUACUGGAGAAUACAGAUGCUGUCAGUAUCCUCUGCUUGCUCUUGCCAUUUAUUAAAGGAAUAUUCUGGGAAUAUUCAAGUUAAGCUCAAUUGACAACAUUUGUGGCAAAAUAUUGAUUACCACAAAAUUAAUUUCAACUUGUCCCUCCUUUUCUUUCAAAUUAAAAAUCUGUUACAGUGAGACACUUACAAUGGAAGUGAUCGGGGCCAAUCUGUAAACAUUACUCGCAGUUUCAAAAGUAUUAUCACAAAACGUAAUGUGUUAAAAGGAUUUUUAGUGUGAUUUAAAAUUGCUUCGCUUUUCUGUGUUAUAGCCAAUUUUACUGCACCGUAAAUCAUGUAAUCCCACAAAAAUGACAAUUUAAGCUUUACAGCAUUUUUUUUUUACAGCAAUUUCUGUACACUUUAGAUUUCUGCCCCGUCCAUUCAUUUAAAAAAAAAAAAAGGAGGGAUGAGUCGAAAUACAUUUUUGUGGUAAUCAACAUUAUGCUACAAAUAUUGCCGACUAAGCUAAACUUUUACUGAACCCAGAAUAUUCCUUUAAACUACAAAGCUUGGCACAGACCUACAGCCUGUUUUGUGUGCUGAAUCUUUUUCAACCUGUUGUACUUGAGGUUUAGGAUUGUACCCAACAAUCAUGCUACGGUCCGAAUCACUGAGAUUACAUUUUUUCCCCAUUCUGAUGGUUAAUGUUCAAAUGAAGCUGAAGCUCCUGACCCGUAUCUGCAUGAUUUUAUGCACUGCACUACUGCCACACGAUUAGAUAAUUGCCUGGAUGAUUGUUGGUGCCAUAUGGGCUGGUUUGAGUAUUUCUGGGAUUUUCACACACAACAGUCUCUAGAAUUUACUCAGAACGGCGCCAAAAAAAAAAACCAUCCAGUGAGCGGCAGUUCUGUGGACGGAAACACUUGUUGAUGAGAGAGCUCAACAGAGAAUGGCCAGACUGGUUCGAACAAACAAAGUCUACCGUAACUCAGAUAACCACUCUGUACAAUUGUAGUGAGAAGAAUAUCAUCUCUCUGAAUGCUAUUCUGUGAUGCAGGUUGGUGCUGUUUUGGUGGCACAGAGGGGACCUACACAAUAUUAGGCAGGUGCUUUUAAUGUUGUGGUUGAUCGGUGUAUGUGUCAGAAUUUUCAAAGCUCUGUGAUUUAUUUAUUUAUUUAUUUUUUGUGGUGGGCAUGAAUGUAAUGUAAUGGUGAUUGAGAGAUAUACCUCAAAAGUCUGUUGUAUCAUAUUUGAUACAUGGAUUUCAAAGGGUUUUUUUUCAAUAAAAUAAUAUUCAAAAUUUUA